CGACUAUCAAGUUAUAUUUCAGUGUUUUGACGAUACUGCAGCAGCGUUUGCAAUAUUCUACUGUAUUAAACUAUACAACGGUUGCCGUUAGUAAUUGCGCUUGAAUUGCUUUUGGAAGAACGUCGUUGUAAUUCCGGCAGAUGGAUUGCAUUCAACUGUGAGAUACAUGCAGAAGCAAAAGCAUUAGGCACUCUUUCUGCCAACAUAAGCUCAGCUACAUUGUCGUAACCAUCGUUUUAUAUGAAAAUAAUACAUCGUAUGGAUUACAGGUCAACACAUUCUGAGCUGCGUCCCGAUGUAAACACCCACCCUGGACCCACACAUCCCUCCUGUAGUCCCGGUAUGUUUGGACUCCAACGCCGCCACAUCAAGCGAAGAUGAACAAGAAGAAGGAUAAAGGAUUCGAGAGCCCGCGUCCUUUUAAAUUGACGCACCAGGUGGUUUGCAUCAACAACAUCAAUUUCCAGAGGAAGUCUGUUAUUGGUUAUGUGGAGCUUACCAUAUUCCCCACGGUGGUCAACCUGAACAGGAUCAAGCUCAACAGCAAACAAUGUCGAAUCUAUCGAGUCCGAGUCAACGAACUCGAGGCGCCGUUCAUCUACAACGAUCCAACCCUCGAGGUCUGCCACCAUGAGUCCAAGCAGAGGAACCUGAACUAUUUCUCCAGUGCCUACACGGCGGCGGUGAGUGCGGUGGACCCCGACGCCGGGCACGGGGAGCUGGUCAUCAAGGUUCCCUCCGAGCUCUGGAAACAAGGAGACGAGCUAAAGGUGUUGAAGGUGUACAUCGAGUUUUCUCUGGACCAGCCCAAAGGGGGGCUUCACUUUGUGGUGCCCGAUGUCGAGGGCAGCAUGGCGGAGAGGGGGGCUCAUGUCUUCUCCUUCGGAUACCAGAACUCUACUAGGUUCUGGUUCCCGUGCGUGGACUCCUACUCUGAGCUGUGCACGUGGAAGCUGGACAUCACCGUGGACGCCGCCAUGGUGGCGGUGUCCUGCGGCGACCUUGUGGAGACCAUCUACACCCACGACAUGCGCAAGAAGACCUUCAGCUAUGUCCUCCCCAUCCCCACCGCCGCCCCCAACAUCUCCCUGGCCGUGGGGCCCUUUGAGAUCCUCGUGGACCCCUACAUGCACGAGGUGACCCACUUCUGUCUGCCCCAGCUGCUGCCACUGCUCAAGCACUCCAUGUCCUUCCUGCACGAGAUCUUUGAGUUCUACGAGGAGAUCCUGACCUGCCGCUACCCGUACUCCUGCUUCAAGACGGUCUUCGUGGACGAGGCCUACGUGCAGGUGUCCGCCUACGCCUCCAUGGGUAUCUUCAGCACCAACAUGCUCCACAGUGGCAUGAUCAUCGACCAGACCCCCCAGACGCGCAGCUGCCUGGCCCAGGCCCUGGCCCAGCAGUUCUUUGGCUGCUUCAUCUCCCGCAUGUCCUGGGCCGAUGAGUGGGUGCUCAAAGGAAUCUCCGGCUACAUUUACGGGCUGUACCUCAAGAAGACAUUCGGGGUCAAUGCGUACCGACACUGGAUCAAAGAGGAGCUGGAUAAGAUCGUGGAGUAUGAGCUGAAGAUGGGAGGAGUCCUGCUGCACCCGACCUAUAGUGGGGGAAAGGAGAAAGACAAUCCCACUCCCCAUCUCCACUUCUCCACCAAGCACCCCCACACGCUGUCCUGGGAGUACUACCAGAUGUUCCAGUGCAAGGCUCACCUGGUGAUGCGGCUUAUCGAGAACCGCAUCAGCAUGGAGUUCAUGUUACAGGUGUUCAACAAGCUUCUAAGCCUUGCCAGCACGGCCUCGUCUCAGAAAUACCAGAGUCACAUGUGGAGUCAGAUGCUGGUCUCCACGCACGGCUUCCUCAAGUCCAUCUCCAACGUCUCUGGGAAAGACAUCGGGCCCCUCAUCAAGCAAUGGGUAGAUCAGAGUUCGGUGGUGAAGUUCUUUGGCAGCUUCGCCUUCAACAGGAAGAGGAACGUGCUGGAGCUGGAGAUCAGACAGGACUACAUCUCUUCUGGAACGCAGAAAUACGUGGGACCCAUCAAGGUGACGGUGCAGGAGCUGGAUGGGUCCUUCAACCACACGCUGCAGAUCGAGGAGAACAGCCUCAAGCACGACAUCCCCUGCCACUCAAAAAGCAGACGCAACAAGAAGAAGAAGAUUCCUCUGAUGAAUGGAGAAGAGGUGGACAUGGAUCUGUCGGCCAUGGACGCCGACUCGCCUCUCCUGUGGAUCCGCAUCGACCCCGACAUGUCCAUCCUCAGGAAGGUGGAGUUUGAGCAGGCGGACUUCAUGUGGCAGUACCAGCUCCGCUUCGAGAGGGAUGUGGUGGCCCAGGAGGAGGCCAUCUCCGCGCUGGAGAAGUUCCCCACGCCGGCCUCCAGGAUGGCGCUGACAGACAUCCUGGAGACAGAGCAGUGCUUCUACAGGGUCCGCAUGCAGGCCUGCUUCUGCCUGGCCAAGAUCGCUAACCUAAUGGUGAGCACGUGGCAGGGCCCGCCGGCCAUGAAGUCCCUGUUCACCAGGAUGUUCUGCUGCAAGAGCUGCCCCAACAUCGUGAAGACCAACCACUUCAUCAGCUUCCAGAGCUACUUCCUGCAGAAGACGAUGCCUGUUGCCAUGGCGCUGCUGAGAGAUGUCCACAACCUGUGUCCUAAAGACGUUCUCAACUUCAUCCUCGACCUCAUCAAGUAUAACGACAACAGGAAAAACAAGUUUUCGGACAACUACUACCGCGCGGAGCUGAUCGAGGCGCUGACCAACUCCCUGACGCCGGCCAUCAGCAUCAGCAACGAGGUGCGCACGGUGGACAACCUGCACGGGGACGUCAGGCUCAUCCUCGAGGAGAUCACGCGCUUCCUCAACAUGGAGAAGCUGCUGCCCAGCUUCCGCAACACCAUCACCGUCAGCUGUCUGAAAGCCAUCCGUCAGCUGCAGAAGAACGGCCACAUCCCCAGCGACCCAUCGCUCUUCAAGUCCUACGCCGAGUACGGACACUUUGUGGACGUCCGCGUCGCCGCCCUGGAGGCUGUGAUUGACUACACCAGAGUGGAGAGGAGCUCGGUGGAGAUGGACUGGCUGAUGGACAUGGUGCACAAUGAUCCGGUCCACUGGGUCAGGCACAAGAUCCUGGGCAUGCUGGCGACCAACCCGCCGUUCACCAAGGACACGGACUCGGCGCUCUGCACCGAAGCCCUGGUCGACCAGCUCUGGAAACUCAUGAACUCCGGCACCUCCCACGACUGGCGCCUGCGCUGCGACGCGGUCAACCUGUACUACACCUUGUUCGGGCUGACCCGGCCCUCCUGCCUGCCCCUCCCCGAGCUGGGCCUGGUGCUGAACCUCAAGGAGAAGAAGGCCGUGCUCAACCCCACCAUCAAGCCCGAGAUGGGGCAGAGCAACGUGGUGGUGGACACCCCCGCCAGCAUCGGCAUCCACGGCAUCGGCAUGAGCUACUCCGCCUCGCAGCUGGACGAGGAGCCGGACCCCAUCUCCUCGGGGGUCUGCGGUGUGGGCCAGCCGCCCCCCAGCCUGAAGAGGAAGGCCGAGACCCCGCUGGGCUCGCCCCCGGAGCCGGGGCAGAUCCUGCAGCCGCACGACGAGGACGGCGGCCGGCGCUACAAGAUCCGGGUACGGGGGUUCAACACCAUGGAGGAGGAGGACAUCGACAUGGAGUCGGUCCACGACAGCCAAGGCUUCAUUCAGCAUCACCUCACCCUCCUGGACAGACCCUCCACACCAGGCAAGGAGCCCCCGGGGCUGGAGCAGGCACUGCUGUCCAUGCCCGCCACGCCCCUGCCCUCCUUCGCCAAGGAGGGCCCCACCACCACCACCGCCGCCGCCGCCGCCAUGGCCUCCUCCACCUCCUCCUCCUCCACCGCCACCGUCCUCACCACCCCCUCGGGGACGGCCAAGCACGGGGGAGAGCACGGCAGCGGCGGAGGCAGCGGCCACCACCACCACCACCACCACCACCACCACGAGCACAAGAAGAAGAAGAAGAAGCACAAGCACAAACACAAGCACAAGCACAAGCACGAGAGCAAGGACAAGGAGCGCGACAAGGACCCGGCUCACCCCUACAGCAACAGCCCCGCCAGCGGCCGCUCCAUGCGCUCGCCCUCCCUGUCCGACUAGAGGUAGAUCAGUGGACGCCACCCGCAGGCCCUACUCUGAUGAUCCGUUCUCGGUUCGUAAACCCAACCAUAUGUGUAGACUUCACACACCUCUACAAUGUUCAAGCGAGGACCAGACUAUCUGCACACUCACUGAAAAACAUCGAUAUUGAGUUGUGAUUGCGAUGACGGCUGGUUUUGAGUUCACACCUUGGCGUAUGAACUCUGUGUGAGUAAACGGUUUCCCUGAAGUAGAUUGGUUGCGUUCGACAGCUCCUGCCCACUCUUCUCCGUGCCCCAAUGCCAUCACCACACAUAAACACACACCAACGCGCACACAUAAACGCAUGCAUAAACACAGAUUCACACAAACCCACACACACACGGUUAUGAAUGAGUUCCUGUGCUUUUAGGACACCGCUUUCUAGGCGUGUCUGAGUCAUCUACCGCAGACACACACACACACACACGCACACACACACACACACACACACACACACACACACACACACACACACACACACACACACACACACACACACAAAUACAGACGUUUGUUUGUUUAUUUCCCCGAGCCACCUUUUCACUGCCACCUCCAGCAUCCUCCGCACCUCCAGAACUCAAACCCGACCUUCACCGAGGGUUCCCUACCAGGGGGAGGAGGUCGCCCAUGGUUUGGCCCCCCCUAGCCCACGCCGCCCGCUGGCUGGCUUGCUUCCCUGAAAUGUUCCCCACCGGAACCCAUCCCUCGUCUCGGAGCGGCAGACAUCUUGAUUUGUGGGAGGAAUUCUCGGUUGGAUUAUUCCGUCAUUCAUUCAUCCUUUGAUGCAAGCGUGUAUACGUGUGUGUGUGCAUGUGUGUGUGACAACAUUGUCUUCAGUGUAAAGUCAGCUUCAUGCUGCUAUGCCAGCAAAGGGUGUUGUGAUGAUGGGAGAGGAGAAGCCUGGAUAUUGUCACCCAGCAACCAGAGUAUUACAAUGUUUUAAUUUUUUAGGCCAUGUCCAUGUUUUCGUUUCUUAUGGCUCUUAGGUUAUGUGAUUCUUAUCCUUUUUUUCACCAUGGUAAUGGUAAUAAUCCAACAAUGAUACAUGUGAAAAUAGAUCCGGUUUAAAAAUAAGAAUGACCUUUAAUUGUGUGUAACAUGUUUUUAUAAUGUUUUUCUACCGUUCACUGCAAUCAGGUUUCAUUCAUUAAAGAAAGGAAAAAAAUGA